AUGGAAUCUUUCGAGACCUGUGAACACAGGGCGAGUGAAAACUCUACUGCAUCCGAUUGGGCAUUCAAUGUCAAGGGAAGACACAUGAGCAGGGGUAGUGUAGGGUCCGGACUUUCGCGGACUGCCGCUCUGCGGCCUGUGGAGCCGCUUGGGAUGAGCGAGAAGGAGAAGGGAAAAGGCGACAAGAAGAAAGAUGACAAGAAGAAAGAUGACAAAAAGGCUGCAGCCAAAGGUCCGGCGAUAAGCUUGGACCCACCCAGUGGGACACGAGACUUUUUCCCCGCCGACAUGAGGUUUCGCAAUUGGCUUUUUGGAGCUUUCAAAGAGAUCGCUCGUAGAUAUGGGUUUCAGGAGUACGACGCGCCGGUCUUGGAGAACGAGGAGCUUUACAAGCGGAAGGCCGGCGAGGAGAUCACCGAACAAAUGUACAACUUCAUCGACAAAGACGGUGCGGCGGUCACUCUGAGGCCCGAGAUGACACCGUCUCUGGCACGGAUGGUUCUCAGCCUCAUGCGUGCGGAAACAGGUGAGAUGUCGGCCCUUCUUCCCUUGAAGUGGUCAUCCAUCCCACAGUGUUGGCGCUUCGAGACUUGCCAGCGCGGUCGGAAGCGGGAACACUAUCAGUGGAACAUGGAUAUCGUCGGCAUCACCUCGAUCCAUGCUGAGGUCGAGCUGCUUUCAGCCAUCACGUCGUUCUUUGAGCAUGUGGGAAUCACGUCGAAGGAAGUGGGUAUCAAGGUGAAUUCUCGAAAAGUUCUCGGAGCCGUGUUGAAGAAUUCCGGCGUACCGGACGAGCGAUUUACCGAGACCUGUGUCGUGAUAGACAAGCAGGACAAGAUCGGGCCGGAGGCCGUCGUGAAGGAGCUGACCGAGAAGAUCGGCCUGGACCAGGCGGUUGCUCAGCGGAUCGUCAAUGCCACGGCCGCCAAGACGCUGGAUGAGUUCGCAUCCUUGGCGGGUGUUGGCGAGAGCCCGGAGGUGGUUGAGCUGCGGCAGCUCUUCACGCUGGCGGAAGAGGAAGGCUUUGGCGACUGGUUGAUCUUUGAUGCCUCCGUCGUUCGAGGUCUGGCCUAUUACACCGGUGUGGUCUUCGAAGGUUUCGACCGUGCCGGCGUUUUGCGCGCCAUUUGCGGUGGUGGCCGGUACGACAGAUUGCUGACACUUUAUGGAUCUCCCAAGGAGGUUCCAUGUGCAGGCUUCGGCUUCGGAGACUGUGUCAUCUACGAGCUGCUCAAAGAGAAGAAGGUGUUGCAUGACACGAACUGCAAGAUGUUUUCCGAUUGCCUUGCAACAGAGGUGCUUCCCGAGUUGCCCCACAAAGUGGACUUUGUGGUAGCCGCCUUCAAUCAGGACAUGAUGGGCAAGGUGCUGGAGGAGUAUUCGCAGGCGCUGAAAUGCACGACGUUUACGGAUUGUGAGCAGAUUUGUUUCGUUCAUGCACCGCGCCUUGCUCAAGCGGCACAGAGGUUACCGCACAACGCGCCUUCGAGGCUGUUGCCGGGAGAUGCAGCCGAAACGGCAGGGGCAGCAAAGCCGGCAGCGACAAAGGACUUGCCAGACAUCCUCCCCAAGACAGCUCCGUCCAUGGUCCGAUCCCUGCUGAAGGGCCUUGAACCGGCCUGGCGCUGUGAGGCGGAGCUUGCCCCAGAGCCUUUGGCAGCAUCGGCGCAGCGAGGUGCCGUCCUUGUCGCUGCGGAGGCGUGGGCAACGGAGUUGGGAGAACUCUUGCAAUCAGCCCCAGACUGGACCGUGAGGCAGCACGGAGAAUGGGCGGUGGGCAGCAGUCUCGAGAGGCUCACGGCCUUCUUGCGCUGGCUGACUGGCAUUGUUUCCAGGACCUGUGCAGAGCUGAUCGAUGCUACGCCGUCUACCACAGCUUUGGAGGAGCACAGCGUGGCCUUGCGCAGCGUUGCCCGGCUCGUCAGCCGGAUGUCAGGCUACAUGCAAGGAGCUUUGGGCAGCAUGGACCCGGUCAGACCCAUCUCUGCGCGCUUGGGGGCAGCGGCCGAGGGCUUGCAGCAGGCAGCGGAGGAGCUGAGAGAGAAGGCUAGCCAUCUCUUGCACGACAUGGAUCCGCCAAAGGAUGAUGCGAGUGCCUCGAGGCAGCACCGAUUUCAGCAAGAAGCGCCGCCACGAAGCAACUUGAUGCGCCAAAGCAGGCCGCGAUCUAUCUUGGGAAUACUAGCAGGGCAUCCUGACUGGCAGCUUCCCGACGAGGCACAACGUGUCCGGACACUUCGGCAGCACCUAGAGGAGCGCCGGGAUGGCGGCACUGGCCAGGAAGAGCGCAAGGUACUUAUUGAUCAGCAGAUGGAAGGGAGGCGGCCUCGGACUACUGUCCUCGCCUUCGGCGCCGCGCGGGAGCGUGCGGAAAACCGGGCUGCUCAAGACUUCGCGCUGCUGGACACCGACAAUGACGGUGUCGUGUCGGCAGAAGAGUUCCGAGCUGCACGAGUUCAAGAGCUGAGGCCCAUCUCCGAAGCUCUGAAGAACGGCGCACCCAGCGCUCAAAGUGGUGCCCAUGAGCUUGUGCUGAAAAGGGCACUCGGCUACGGCCCAGCACUGCAAGUCGCGCGCUUGCUGCGCAAGGCAGGCAAGUCCGUUGAUGCCAGAGCCUCAGUCUAUGCGGAAGCAUCGAAGAAAGUUGCAAAGGCCUUUAACUAUGCAGACCGUGCUGGCGCAGAGAGAAUAGCAUUUGUCGCUCCGGAUGAGUGGUCCAAGGGCUUAGUUCGCAUCAAGGACCUCCGCAACUUCAAGGCGACAGACCCCGACGAUCUCAAGCAGAAAGAUGUCCCCAUAGACGACCUGGCAAAGGUUGACAGCUACUUUGGCGGACAGGCCCCAGCGACCGGGGCAGCGGCAUCGGCGCCACAGCCGGUAGCUUCGACGAAAGGUGCGGCUUCGACCUCGGAUGUCUCCAAAUUGGAGGCUGUCCUGUCGGAGCAGUCCUACGUCGCGGGCUUCAGGCCCAGCAGACAAGACCGGGAUCUCUACGAGAAGAUGCAGAAGGAAACAGGCUGCCCCACGACACCAUCUUUGGGCAGAUGGUACAGGCACAUCGAGUCCUUCUCCACUGUGGAGCGUAUGGCCCUCCAGGCCCUGUUCCCGCCAAGGGCAGGCCCGACUUGCCAGAUGGCGCCCCCCUGUGGCAAUCGCUGGAGCACACAAGCUCGCAGUCACAGGCUACAGCUUUAUGCCUCCAGGGACAAAUCGGACUGCGUCAGCCACAUCUGGACCAGACAUUUCAUUGCUGUGCCUACCUUGACGGCUGCGCAGGAAGCCCAUGAAGUGCUUGCUGCGGCCGGCCAUCAGGGUGCGGCCGAGGAGCAGCUGCGCUUCUUCUCCGCCGAAAGCGAAAGCUCUUCGUCCUCGUCCCGUCCGAAGGCCCAAAGCAGGAGCCGGACGUAUUACGACAUCUUGGAGGUGCCUCAGAAGGCAAAGAAGGAGGAGAUUAAGGAAGCGUACCGACGCCUUGCGAAGCGGUACCAUCCGGAUCGGAAUGUUGAUGAUCCGGAGGCCGAGACCAGGUUCAAGGAGAUCCAGGAAGCUCAUGCCACGCUCAGCGACUCCUGGAAGAAGGCCCUCUACGACCAGGACCUGCAGUUCAGCAAGUUCGGCACCGGGGUCACGCAAGAGGUCGAGAGAGAAAGGUGGACGGAACAUUGGGAGAAGGAAACUCCGGAUGAAAGAGAAGCGCGCAAGGAACGUUAUCGGCGAUAUGCUGCCGGUGAGCGGAAUGACAUUCCCUUUGACAGGAUGUACUCCAGCUGGUGGCCGGCAACUGUGGUUUUGGUCGUCGGAGGCGUCUUCUACGCAUGUGUGAAGGCCCCCGAGUGGCAAGAAGGCCAACCGCACUUCUGCGAUCCUAUGUUCGACGACAAGAGUGUGCCCUUGGUCCGUGCUUUCCAUGACCCGGUGCGGAACCGCUGGGAGCGGCUCCCUGAGGGCCAAGAACCCCCGACGCCCCGGCAGCUCUACGCCUACUACCAAAAGAAAAUGCCGGAACUCAUGGAGGAGGUGGACGUUCGGAUCCUUCCGAAGGUGAGCUUGACCGUCUUGAACGUGCCAAGAACUUCUGCGGCAAAGCCGAAUUUUCCACUCACUGCCACCUCAGCCAGCCGCUUACAACACCAAAUGAGCAGCCAGUCUGGUCCGACCUCCUCGCGUCUUGCCAACAUGACUUCCGAAGAGAGCGGAACGGCAGAGGCAGGGGCAGGUAAAGUGUCGAUGUUGCGCACGGAGGUCGGCAAACUGGCCCAGGAGAUGCUGAUGCACCGCCAAGUCCUGGAACAAUGUCUGGAGGUGCGUGAGAGCGUGCUGGAGCUGCUGCAACACCGGGAAGCCCUGGUUCAAUGCCUGGAGCUCCGGGAAGGAGUGCAGGCAGCUCUCAGCAGCACGCAGAUCAUCGGCGAAGUCGUGGAUCGCACAUCAGAGCUGGAUCUCUCGCUCGCCGGGGUGUCGGACAACACGGCGCGUCACGGUCGAGCGAUUGCUAGCCUCACGGAGCAGCAGCGACGCACCAGUGACACCUUGGAUGCCGUCGUUCGUGCGGUCAAGCGGUUAGACCGCAGCCGCUCCCGACAACGGGGUGCUGCUCGACAGGCCGGAUCUUCGGCACCAUCAGAGCGCGCUGCGUCCACCCGAUCCAUGCCCUUCUAUGAGCGGCAAGGUGAAGGAGUGGAUGAGGAAGAACGGCAUGCGCUGGCACUUGCCUGGGCAGGGAGAGCCCUUGCCGAUGGGAUCAGGCCAUGCGGACUGGCGGCAAUGCAGCUUCGAUCCACAGACCACGCGGUGGAUCUGCAGCCUCGCUUCUCCCCGCAGGAGUUCAGCUACUCGGCCACAUUGGACUUCUCCAUGGAGACCUUCUCCAUUGACGCGGAGCCAGAAGCAGGUUGUGAAGUUGGUGGCCUUCCGAACCGCCCAUUCCUCGCGCCUGCUGUGGAAAAAGGCGGCAACCCAAAGGAGUCGAACAUUUGCGCGCGGGAUCCGGCGACAGGAGCCGAGCAGUGGUAUCGCGUUUCCGUUGCGAAGCUGUCGGGAGCAGAGACGGAGAUUGCCGGAAUGCGGGUUCGAGGAGGUGAGCUAGUUCCAGGCUUUCGGCCACAACAACGACUCUAUCAGGUCCAACUCGACGUGUCACAUGAUUUCGUCGAGGUGGACUUUGUCUUGCAGGAUAACGGGCAGAAGGUUCUGUGGAAGGCGACGCCGGAAGUCCCACGGCAAGGCUUGAACAGCCAAAGCAGCAUUGUGAGGGCCUUGGUCAUGGAGACAGGAGAGCAGCAGCAUCACCAGAGGCAUGAGGUUUUUCCACUCGAUGUGGGCUUCAGCCGCCAACUUUCCCUGCACAUCGAGUCAGCAGAUCCCAUGAAGGCAGCUCAGGGUGUCUACACGAUUAAUGUCACCCGUCGGGGCUGCACCAAGCAGCGGCCGCUUUACAACCCGCGGUCGGGCAGUUGCCAUAUUGAAUGUCCGCAGGGCAUGUAUCCGAACAAGGAAGCCAGCAGAUGUUCAUAUUGCAACAGGAACUGUGCUGUCUGCGGAAGCUUCUCCGUCUGCGACCUGUGCUUCCAGGACACGGUUGACACCUCUUAUGUCCUUGACCAGAGCGACGGCAGUUGCACGGAGGUCAGGGGCAGCUUCUUCAAGAAGUACUACUGGUGGUGCCUGUCCGGAUCGAUCUUCGGCGGGCUCAUCUUGUGCGGGUGUCUGGUCUCUGUUUGUGAGUGGUUGUGCAGAACCUGCUGCUCUUCAAGACGAAAGUUUCAACUCAACUCAGACUCUGACAUCGAUUGA